CAAGGCCACGCCCACGCGGGCGGGGCUGGCCGGCGGCGGAAGUGGGGAGCCGCGGCGCGGAAAGGGAAGAGUCGAGGACUAGGCCUGGCCGGACCCCGGAGAUUUCAGAAUGGCUUCUACUCCUGAUACCCUUCAGCAUUACGAGGAGAUGUUUACACAUCGAUUUACAUCAGAAGACAAGGAAUAUCAGAAAUAUGUCCACCGCCCUGCAGAUCAACCUCCUGUAGUAGAAGACUGGUUAAACAGAGAACGCAAGGUGCCUUCCACACUUGAGAUCCUUCAGAAUUAUGAAAAGAUGUUUGCCAAUCGAUUUACGUUGGAAGAUGAGGAGUACCAGAAAUACAUUCAACGCCCCACAGACCCACCUCCCCUAAUAGGAGACUGGAGAAGCAGAUCAGGGGGUCACCGAUAUAGAGAUCGGUUCCAAGAUGGCAGACAGUUCAGAGGCAGAGGGGAGAGAUAUGACCGGCAUGGAGGCUAUCGAUCUGGUCAGUGGCAAGAAAGAGGCUGGGGUAACAGCUACCAGCAACACAGAGAGCCGCAUUAUGCCCAGUACGGUUACAGCUCUUACUCUUCACGCCCAAAGUAUGAUUAUUACUGAUAGGUCCCAUUAAAAUGAUGACUUGCAGUUGAAUUUCCAGUAUCGUAAUCUCCCUCCUUCAUUCUAUCAGAUGCAAAUGUUGUUUUUAUUCUGUUUUAGAUUUUGAGUUUGUAUAUAAUCGACUUGGUGGUUGGUUUGUUU